GGACUUCAGUUAGAAGUUCCUGGGAGGCCCUGUGUAGACCCAGCCUAGCUGAGUACUGAUUCAUUUUGAUGUGAGUGGGAAGAAUGGGGGAGAUUCGCAGCUUUGUCCUCAUCACUGUUGCUCUGAUUCUGGGCAAGCAGAGCUGGGUCCUCGGAGAUGAGAACUGUUUGCAGGAGCAGGUGAGGCUCAGGGCUCAGGUGCGCCAGCUUGAGACCCGGGUCAAACAACAACAGGUGGUGAUUGCACAGCUCUUGCACGAGAAGGAGGUCCAGUUCCUGGAUAGAGGACAGGAGAACAGCUUCGUUGACCUUGGAGGCAAGAGGCAUUACGCAGAUUGUUCAGAGAUUUACAAUGAUGGAUUUAAGCACAGUGGGUUUUACAAAAUCAAACCUCUUCAGAGUCUGGCAGAAUUCUCUGUUUAUUGUGAUAUGUCUGAUGGAGGAGGAUGGACUGUAAUUCAGAGACGAUCUGACGGCAGUGAGAACUUUAACAGGGGUUGGAACGACUAUGAAAAUGGCUUUGGAAACUUUGUCCAAAGCAAUGGUGAAUACUGGCUGGGUAACAAAAACAUUAACUUGCUGACUAUGCAAGGAGACUACACUUUAAAAAUCGACCUGACAGAUUUUGAGAAAAACAGCCGCUUCGCACAAUACGAAAAAUUUAAAGUUGGCGAUGAAAAGUCUUUUUACGAACUGAAUGUUGGAGAAUAUUCUGGCACCGCCGGAGACUCCCUGUCGGGAACAUUUCACCCUGAGGUGCAGUGGUGGGCUAGUCACCAAACAAUGAAGUUCAGCACACGGGACAGAGACAACGACAACUACAGCGGGAACUGUGCUGAGGAGGAACAGUCUGGCUGGUGGUUUAACAGGUGUCACUCUGCAAACCUGAACGGCGUGUACUACCAAGGUCCCUACAGAGCAGAAACCGAUAAUGGUGUUGUCUGGUACACCUGGCGUGGGUGGUGGUAUUCCUUGAAAUCUGUGGUUAUGAAAAUUAGGCCUGGUGAUUUUAUUCCAAAUACUGUUUAGUUGUCGCAUUGGGAAAUGCUUUCUGUGAUUCAUCUUGAUUUUUAAAUGUUUGAAAAAAUCUACAAUUCUGAAUAAUA